UCUUGAACCUUCACCAAAGAGCAGAGACUCUCUUACGACACACCUGAAACAGCGAGAUGUGUGAUUACACAACCCUCCUGAUUGCAUCACUGCUCACAUCUGUUGGCUCACUAUCUGUGGAGUCAUCCGGGCUGGAUCACCAACAGGGCCACGAAAACCUGUCAAACCAAGGUUCAUUAUGAUGCAACUCGUCUGUGGGGUGAUUAGCUGUGACUUUAAAGAGACUGUGUGAAUCUGCAGACUCAUAAAAGGCGAUGUUUUAUCUGAUCUCAGGCUGUCAGAAUCGAGAUUGAAGACUUUCAUGUCCUGAAGACGCCGGCAGCUGCAGGAGCACAUGGAGCAAAGAGGUUGAUUUAAAGAGGAUGAAUAUCUGGAGACUAAUUGGUGGAAUAAGAGAAGCAGUUGAUUCAUUAAUGAGACUGAGGCCUGAGGUAUCAUGGAUCAGGACUCUGAAGUAAGAAUCUGAUGUACAGCUUCCAUAAAAGGAGGUUAAAGAAACAAGGUCCUGAUCCAGAAUCAUUAAACCGAGACAUGUCAGAUCUCGACUAGACAACUCUAGAGAGGCUUCAGACUUCUUAAAACACAGUUUGAGUUUUGUGGAACAUUUAUUCUAUUUGUCAAUGUGAAAAAAGGGCAAUUUCACUGCUUCUGGUUUGGUGUUACUUCCUGGAACGGAGGCUAUGAAAAAGGAGUGGUGGGUGAUGUGCCACUUUCGCUGCAGAGUCUUUUUUUGGACAUCGAAUGAUGCUAGAUGACUGACAAGAUUUCAAAAAGGGGAAUUAGAGGACAGCAUAUCAGUGCUAUGGAGUGAGACCGUUUGAGAAGGCCCCUCUCUGGUGCUGCUGUUACCAGGAGUAUGAACAUGUUGCUGCUGUGUGCAGAGGGGUGAAAAGAUGUGGGAAAUAUGGUGAGAGUGAGUUGAAUGGUAACUGUGAAAUUGAUAAAGAAAAGGCAUCAUGUCUACACUGUUGAGGGAAACACUUCACAGGGUCUUCCCCAUGUCCUAAGCCGUGAGAAGGGGGGAAACACCCGAGGAGGAGGUCACUGAGCGAAAGGAAGAGGAACGAGGAGAGUCACCUGAAUGUUGAAGAUGUUACUGAAGAGGAGCUGGACCUAACACUGAGAGAAGGACUGGAACAGGCCCAGGCAACUGUGUCUGGGUCCUGGAGUGGUUGGUUUUGGAGAACGCUGUAACUAGUUGUAAUAAAAUCCAGAAGGUGGCAGUAAUGCACUAAAUAUUGAAGCCAACCACCAAAUAAAACAACACAAGAAGAAGGUGAAGUGUCACACCUGUGUUGAUUACCCUGUGUUUUUACUUGCUCUGUUUCCCCUUACCUGUAAGUCUUCGCCUGUGAACACAAGUCUUCUUCAGUGUUUCUCGUGGAUUUUGAUUUAAGUAGUUUAUUAUUUUGUUUAUUAAAACCUGCUUUAGUCUGCAUUUUGGAUCCUGCACCUUUUGUUUGCCUUCUCAACAUGACACAGCAUCCUCUAUGGCAGAAACACAAAGGCCCCAGUUUGUUAGACACAGGUGAUACCCUGCUGCUGUCAUCAUUAGGAAGCAUCAAGGUGUACUCUGGGCAUGGAGCAAGAUGGACGCCAGCAACACUCUCCAAACUGAAAGGACCGACGCUGCUGCUGCUGCUGCUGCUUCUGCUGCUGCUGCUGCUUCCUCCCCGGAUAAAGAUCCUCCUGGUAUGAAGGAUAGGGAGCUGCUGGAGGCGUCCCACGGGCAUGUUUGUCCUCUGGCCGUUCAGCCCGUGUGUCUCUGCUCUGCACACAGACGCUCUGGGAAGGAGAAGAGGGACCGUCUAAAAAUAAACUGACACUCAGCACCAGCAGAAAAACCAAACCAAACCAACAAAUUAAAAAGGACAAAGAGGAGCUUCUUGUUUUCGUCGUUUACACCCUGUCACACUCGCUCUCUCUGAUUCUGUUCCUCUGUCCUCAUUUUGGCCUGAGAGGAGGUCAUGUCCCAGUCUGGUAAAGUCCUUCAUUUGUAUGUGGAAGUGAGGUCUGCCCCAGAUCAGAACGGAGGGAAGGGGGGGUUUGGAGACAAAGGAGAACGGGUUGCUCAGGAGCGUUCAAUUAAGGACAGUCCAGGAGAACUCCUGUCUCAGCUCGCCAGCCAGACAACCUGCAAGACCAGCAGCAAGACCUCUACACCCCAGCGUCUGGCUCAGGACUGCACACACACACACGGCACAUCUCCUCCUAGAAACAGCGUCAGCUUUCAGCCGCAGCAGGCCAGCAGCUCCCCUAAAGUCACCAAGCGCUGGAGUGCGCCCUGUGAUGGAGUUCACUCUCCAAAGAUGUUCUCUCCUGGAAAAGUUACCGUUCCUAAAUCGUCUCCGAACUGCCCGAGGUUAAAAGAGGGAGAAGUCAGCGAUGGUAAGCGGUCCGUGGUCACCUUCAGUUACAUCGAGAAGUCGAACGUUCAGACCAUGGACAGUCCACGCAACUCUCCAUGUGAGAGGAGAACCCGGGAGGAUCGAUCCAAUCCCUGUUAUUUUCGUAAAAGACUCAGUGACCCAGUUUGGUUUGGGAGUCCAGAUUCAUCGUGCAGCUCUAGUCCCAAACUGACUUUCAGAUCUCCUGGAAGUCACCAGCAGACGUUCUCUCCCGGCUUUCGCCAACCCCACUUGGACCCCAUCGGCAGGGCAGCUACCCAGCGGGCUGUGGAGGAGUUCGGCUCUCCUUUACUGAGGAUCAAACUCGCCCAUGCGCUCGAGAACAUACCGUCUUCACGCUACAACCAACCACGAUGUCAGUCCUGGGCCGGGUCUCCUGUUCAGCGUCAGAACAUCAGCAUGCACCCCAAAGACCACAUCACAGACAGGAGCCAGGCCUUUGGGCCAGGCUUUUGGAGUCCAGUAUCAGACAAGCUGUCCUCCAAGUCCAGGCAGUCUCCACUCUCUAAACCAGAGUGUCAGAGUCCUCUUCAUUGGUCUGGAGAGGACAGAUCUACGUCAGGCAGUCCAGCCAGCAAAAGACUCGUUCACAGUCACAGGACCUGCAACAGAAGCACUUCACCGCAGGGAGCAAUCCUACAACUUGGCAAUAAUGUUAUAGAGGGCUUGAACCAGUUAAGUGACAGUAAAUCUUCCUCUCCCGCUCAGAGUCCUGAGGUCGCCCGCAGGCUCGCAGAGGAGGCCACCAAAGUUUCCUCUAUUUUCACAGAGGCCAGGCGGUCCUCGCUGCACAACGCUUUAGGCGAGCCUGCAGGAGAAUAUCACAACUCAGCAACAAACGCACAACAGUCAAAGCAAACGCUCAAGAUGAACAUCCCUUUAAACGACCAACAGACGCCAGCAACUGACAACAAUGAUUCUCACCAGCUUGAUAACUCUACCUUGCAGUCGCAGACACAAGAAACGAACUCUCUCAAUAACUUUGAAUCAAACCGGCUGGACUGCAGUCAGAGGUCUCAGCAGCAGAGCUCCACCGUAUCCACGCCUCACAGUUCCCCCGCCAUCCCUUCACGUGUGUAUCGCCCAUCUCAUCCUCCCACCGACCUCGGCUCACCUCUGAGGGAUCCGAGGCUAUUCCAAGCUGAGCUGCGAUCACCGGAGACCCCCACCCUGCAUCGUCGUCAGCCCCCGCAGUACACCAGAGAGAGCUGGGCCUCGAGCGCAGACAGAGGAGACCUGAGCUGCUUUGAGAAAGGGGACUGCACGGAGCUAGCUCGGAGACUCUUUAUCAAUCAGGGUGUUGAAGAGGCACCGGUGAGCUGGACGUCCAGGCAGCAGUGGAGCGAUCAUGUAGAGAAGAGCCCGAAUCCAAGCCCAGAGCCUGGGUCUGGGUCUGUAAGCAAUCAAAGUACAGAUUGUCGAUCCGGUAGUCGUCGCAGGCCGCUCAGUCCCACAGCUCAGCAGAAACGUGCUGAGCAGAGGAGGAGGGAGAUCCUGCUCCUUGGACCUGUGGCACUUGAAUCCCCUGAUGAAGAUGAAGGCUGUGACGAGGAGGGCGAGGGCGAUGAGGCGGAUGGAUUUGGGGUGGGGCAGCAGCCGGGCCUGCAGAGAGCAGAGGAGCCGGCAGAGGGGGAGCAGAACGGAGGGAUGGGAGGGUCGUCUUCACGGAGCUCCAGCGGGGUGACGGGCAGCUUGGGCGACAGGGACUGUGUGUCCCCAGAGUCCAGUCAGUCCAGCCACCAGAGCAACGAGACCGGGGCCGCCACCUCAGGAAUACAGACGGACAGUGGCUGUGCGGUGCCCGUGCCCUCUCUCCACUGCCAGAGGAUCGCUCGUGCCAAGUGGGAGUUUUUGUUCGGGACCCCUGCUGAGGAGGCUGCCAGCAGGGGGGAGAAAAAUUAUCUGGAAACCUCCACAGCUCCUCCCAGUGGUAACUCCAGUGAGUCUCCCACCCCGACUCCCCCCUCCUCCCUGCCGAUGCUCUCUGCCAAUCACGAGGUCCAGCACGUGGAGGUCGAGCUGGUGACCCCUCCUCCGACUAUCAUCGGGACUUCGCCCAAAACCGGCAUCAUCCGGCGCACUUUGAAGUACUCGGAAACCGACCUGGACGCCGUUCCUCUGCGCUGCUACAGAGAGACGGACAUCGACGAGGUGCUGCUGGCCGAGCAGGAAGACGCAGACUCAGCGUUUGGGAGUAACCGCAGCGUUCAGGGCACCUCGGGGACGGGAAGCAGCCCUCUGGGAGGUCAGGCCUACAGGGGGAUGAAUGGGGAGGAGGCAGGGGUGAAGGAGGAGGAAGAAGAGGAGGAAGAUGAUGAUGAGGAAGAAGAUGAGGAAGAGAUGGUAAGCUGGGCCAGCGUGAGGAUGCAAGGGGACAACAGGAAGCAGCGGUCAGCGGCGGAGGAGGCGCCUGAGGUGUUCGGUCACCUUCUGAAGAGGCCGAUGGAAACUUUUUUUGACAACCACCAUCCGGCCCUGAAGUCCCCCAUCCUGGUCUCCGGUCCUCGUUUGGCGGCGGAGGACACCUUCAGCCGCCACUUCGAGAGCAUCAUGGAGUCUCACCGCGCCAAAGGGACGUCGUACAACAGCCUGGACAGCGAGGAGCUGCUCACGUCCAGCACCCAAACGGUCCUGACCUUUGACCUCCCCACACUAACCCCUGCUAUCCACGCUCCGGUCUGCCAGAGCGCCCGGCAGAUCGUGCAGCUCAGCUUCGCCCCGCUGGCACACGAUGAGAGGCCCAGUCUGUCCGAUUCUAUCUUUACGAUGACGGGGGACUCGGACGCCACCAGAGCACCGUCCAGCGAGAGGCUGAGCAGCGGGUCAGACGACACGCCGCACAGAGGGCAGGACUGCACUCAGCUGGGGAGCAGCUGGUACAGCAACCUGUCUUUCACUUUACCAAGCAGGGACAAGGCCCGUCUGGCAACAGACUCUGAGCUGGACCAGGACCUCAGUGAACGGCUCGGUCUGGGCAGCAGCGACACCCUCACCAACGGCAGUAACCGUGCUGAUGUGGCGGCCGCCAAACGCUUGGCCAAACGUCUCUUCAACCUGGACGGCUUUAGGAAGUCUGAUGUGGCGCGACACCUCAGCAAGAACAACGAUUUCAGCCGGAUGGUUGCAGAAGAGUAUCUGAGUUUCUUCAACUUCUCAGGCCUCACUCUGGACCAAGCACUGAGGACUUUCCUCAGGCAGUUUGCCCUGAUGGGGGAGACUCAGGAGAGGGAGCGGGUGCUGUCACACUUCUCUAAGCGUUAUUUGGACUGCAACCCGAGAGUCAUACCGUCAGAGGAUGCAGUUCACACUCUCACCUGUGCUGUCAUGCUGCUGAACACAGAUCUGCACGGUCAAAAUAUUGGCAAGAGGAUGUCGUGCACGCAGUUCAUUUGCAACCUGGAAGGACUGAACGACGGCCAAGAUUUCCACAAGGAUCUGCUUAAAGCGCUCUACAACUCCAUCAAGAAUCAGAAGCUGCAAUGGACACUCGACGAGGAAGAGCUGAGGAAGUCGUUCUCGGAGCUCGGGGACAGCCUGUGCGACUCCAACGCCUCCAGAUCCAUGAAGCGGGUGGGCAGCAGUGGAAAGCCCCUGUCGGAGGAGAUGGAGCCCUCUGGAGCGCUUUUAUACAAGAACGGGUUCCUGGUCCGCAAAGUCCACGCCGACUCAGAUGGCAAGAGAACACCGCGAGGGAAGAGAGGCUGGAAGACCUUCUAUGCCAUCCUGAAAGGACUCAUCCUCUACCUGCAGAAAGGUGAAUACAGGCCAGACAAACAGCUCUCUGAGGAGGACCUGAAGAACGCCGUGUCUAUCCACCACUCGCUGGCCAUGAAGGCUUCAGACUACAGCAAGAGACCCAACGUGUUCUACCUGAGGACCGCUGACUGGAGGGUUUACCUCUUCCAGGCACCGAACGCAGAGCAGAUGCAGUCCUGGAUCACACGGAUCAACACGGUGGCUGCCAUGUUUUCAUCUCCUCCCUUCCCAGCAGCCAUCGGCUCCCAGAAGAAGUUCAGCCGGCCGCUGCUGCCGGGAACAAUGUCCAAACAGACUGAGGAGGAGCAGGUUCGCUCACAUGAAGCUCGAUUUAGAGCCCUCUCCACUGAGCUCGCCGAGCUGCGCUCAUUCCCUCCUGAUCGCAAGGUCAAAGGUCGCGAGCUGGAAGAGUACCGCCAGCGAGAUGAGUAUCUGGAGUUUGAGAAAACACGGUACGGGACCUACGUGAUGCUGCUGCGAGCCAAGAUCCGGAGCGGUGAGGAGGAUUUGUCUGUGUUUGAGUCUCUGUUAUUGGAGGACAACAGCCUGCAGAGAGCUCACUCCAGCCCCACGCUGCAGGACAGCAGCCAGGCCAGCCAGAUCAGCCAGGCCAGCAGCACCAGAGACGGAGGCACCAGCAGCAAAGCCAGCGCCUGCAGCAGCAACAAACCCCGACAGGAGGGACAGAGACACAGCUACAGACAGGCCGUCAAGAAGUGAGGCGGGGCGGGGGCGCCGGGAGCGGCACAGCGUUGCACUGCCAGCGGCGGGCUGUCUCCCUGCACAGGUUUUUAUUUGAGAUCCAGGAGGCUUUGGAGCUCUGCUUGAAGGGGGAGCAGGAGUGAGGGUCUACCCCCACGCCCUCCCCCGACCACAACGCCCCACCCGGCACCCCAAUCUUCUCGUCUACCAGAGGAGGGCUGCCAGGGAAACAGCAGCCAGGAUGUUGGUGCAGGAGGUGGGAAGGUCACACACGUGCAGAGACGAGGUGUCUUUGAGAGCGGACGCUGGGUGCAGCAGCAGCAGACUGAUCUGCAGCGUGAAACAGAGAAAGAUGGUGCUCAAAAACCUGAACACCACACACGAAGGAACAUCCAGCAUCCUUUACGUUUCUCUUCUUUCAUUCUUUCAAGGCACCUCUCCAACCAGAAACAUUCUCCCACCUUUAUCUUGACUUUUUCCACUCAGUUCUGGGACCAAAUAUUUUAAAACAUCACAUUUUAGACAACUGAUGGUUUGUUUGAUGUGUGAGCGCUGCAGGACCUUGAAAGCAUCACCAGGUCUUAUGGAGCCAUUACAUUCCAGCUCCUUUUUUUUUAAACCACAUCCCCGUGGUGUGUUCACAUUCCACACAGGAGCAGGACGUUACAGCUUUUGCUCCGCUUCACUCACGGUGGUAUGAAGACUGGGCACCACGUGUGAUGCUGAAGGGCGCGGCUGCAGGAUACCGACGUGACGAGACGGCGUCGACUGGUCUCUCCUCUCCUCUCUAUCGCUGGUGGUGUGCCGGUCAGAGGCAGAAACAUCAGUAGAAGCUGCUCCUGAUGUGCAGCGAUGUAACUGCAUCUCAUCAAGAGAUUUUUUUUUUUGUUGCUCUACUUGAACAGGCGAUCUCUUUCUGCUUCUGUCCCCGUGGUUGUGCUUCUGUUCUCUUUCUAUUUCUUGGCUGAGAGUUUGUUUUCUCAGUGAUCCGCAUGCCUGCAUCCAGCACAGCUUCUUUUAGGCCUUUUACUGCUUUGAGGACAAGAGUCGUCCUCUGUGGGGUCAUUUCUCUUCAUGCCGGUGCCAUAAACCCAACAUGUCUGUACCUAUAUCCUCUCAUUUAGACCCACUCACCAGGCAGACCCUGAAUGUUCUUGUUUUUUCAGUAUUUUUACAGUAUUUUACAGCCGUUUGUUGAUGUUGAACCUUAUUCCACCUGUGUAUGUCAAGUGUAUGAUGAAUAUUGUAAAAGGAACUAUGUUACCCAUACUCUUUGUAAGCAUCCAGGAUAUGUUGUAUAUAUAUAAUGCACCAUUAUAUUGUAGGACAUAUGACGACAAAGUAUAUUUACAAUAUAUUCAGUACACUGUUGUGAAGAAGCAUUAAGUACGAGUCCAAAACGCGCUACACAAGAGUCAUGUCUUCUUUUCUUACAUGGCAUUAAUAGAUCAGCAUAUUAUGGGUAUUAAAGUGAAGCGUAUGAACCUAUCAGAGAUUAGUACGAUGCAUUAGAAAAGAUGGCAGAGGACGAAGCUGUAAAAAGAGGAACGUUUUCCACAGGCGGAGCAUGGUUCGCUGUGAACUAGCAUGACUUUAAAGGGAUCAGGUUUGAAACUGUGGAAACGCAUGAAGAAGAAAAAGAACGUAGACGAGGGGCGUCACAGAUUUUGGUAGCCAUACACACCUCAUAGCAUCAUCGAUGUAUAGCCAUCCUCUACUCAGGCUUUAACACCUUGAACAGCUGCAGCGCCAGUGUCUGACCAGCAGGGGGAGCUGUUCAGUUUUUUCAGCCAUAAUCACACCUGCUGCACCUGCAGUGAAUAUGCAUGGCAUCGCCCGCUCAGCUGAGGCCGGGGGAUGGAAACUGCAGGGCUAAACCAGACAAGAGCUGUUUGUAUUAUUAACUCUGGAUGUCAAUGUGUGAGUGUGUGUGUUUUCAUGUGUGUGUGUGUUGCUGUAUGUGUGUGUUGGCGUGUGCAUGCUGUGACUGUUCCAUGUUGUUUCUUCAUCCUUUGAAUGUGGGCUUUGUUAAUUUUUGAGAAGGGGGGUCAUGUAAUCUUCAGGCUGCCUCUGGAUCACGUCCUGCCUGCAGAAGCCAAUCAAUCAGAGCGUUUCUCUCCAUCUCUCGUCGUACGUGAUGUUAAACCAGAAAAUCUUAAGGUUUGGGACUGUUAAUGAGACACAAAAAUAGCAAUUCAAAGACAUUUAUACUGCCAUUUUUUCACUUCUUUCUGGUGUUUUUGCCAAACAAAUGAUUGUUCUUCAUGAAAAUAAUCAUCCCCUGCAGCUGAACUCAUCUGCACCCUCCUUCCUGUCGUUCUUCUCCUUCAACUCCACUGCUAGGAAAGAUUAUGGAUACAUCAUUGCCAUAGCUGACAUCCUGGUCAUGUGACUUUUCAUUAUAGCUCUGUGUUUGUAACUAAUGUUUGAUUCUGCCGUGUAUAAUGUGGCCAAACUGUCAGAGAGCACACAGACUCAUGUGGAGCACCAAUCAGGGGCUUCUGAGGGGACAGAGAGGACUUUCAUUCAGGAUUAAAAUCUAAAUAUCAGACCAAACAAUCAUUUAUGUUCCUUUAUGGAGAUCUUGUUACUCAAGCUACAACCAGUCUUGACAAAUUAAAUUAAUUUCAGCCAUUUUUACUCAUUAAAGUCAAACUUUGAUGGUUUUAUUUCAUUAAAGCUCCUAGGAGGAGUUUUCUGGUUGUGAAGCAGGUUAAAAUUGACAGUGAAGCCUCUUUAUGACGUACAAAAGCAAAGAAGACCACAAACAACAACAGGAAGGAGGCAGGAGUCAUACCCAGUGACUGUUUUUUAAAGCUCCUGUGAGCAACUUCUGGUUUGGCGCCCCCUGUAGGCAAAGAUGUGCGUCAUAUCACUUUUCUAGUCUUGUACUGUACAACCUAAAGUAGCAUUUUCUGACAAAAAAAUCUCAUCCUGUGUGACUAUUUGUUGUCAAAAUGUAAAGAAAGGCUGUUUCUUGAGUGUUGUCAAUCAUCUAAUUUGACGCCUACCCCCUCACAGCGAUUUCAGGCAUUAAUAAUUACAUUAAAUAAAUUGUCGCUCUUCAUGCUGAUGAUGUGGUUUGCUCUCGUAGCUAGUAAAGAGGCAGACGUUUGAAUUUUAAUCUGUUUUACAACCAGUAAAAAACUUCUCAAAGGAGCUUUAACCUGGAUACCACGCCUCCAUGCUCCUCCCACUGUGACAUGUGACACCUUAACCUCGCUGACAUAUCACGCUAGUGGAGCUAACGCUUGCACAGAAGCUGGUGGGCUGAUGUCGCCCCCCUUUUUACGAACAAUAACACGUUUCCUUGAAACACGUUUUUCCCGCCAAUCUGGAAAAGAACGCUGCAGGAGCUCUCAUUGGUUCACAGAGCUGUCAAUCAAUCACAUCAAAUAUCUAACUUAGCAAAACUUCCCAGAAUAUUUAGCAUGAAUUAGCACGAUAAGACCAAAAUUAAUCUGGAGAAACCACGAGUAGGAAGAAUGUGUUUGAUGUAUAAUUUCAUUUUAAAGUUUGAUCCUUGCCCCAUCUGUCAACAUGGAGGAGGCGGGGCUUAUAGGUGAUAUUGCAGCCAGCCAGUAGGGGGAGUUAUAACUAUUUGGGCUUCACAGUCAGUGAAGAAAGAUUAAAAAGAAAACAGGAUGAGAUUUUUGUGAGAAAAAAAAAAAACCUUAGGAUGUUUAGGAUGAGAUGCACAUCUUUGCCCACAGGGGGCGCCAAAAUCAACACACUGAAGGGUCCUCACAGCAGGAAUUCUCAUUGGCUUUCUCGGGGUUUAAAUCACACUGCAGUUAAGAAGGAGGAUCUCAAAAGUGAUGUUUAUUUACCUGGAGACUAAAAUAGAAUCCUGUUGUAACUGUCGCUGACAUUAUUGAUUCCUUAUAGUCACAUUUUUGUUGCUUUCAGCGACUUAGAUUCAAGGAUUUGUUGUUUUUGUCCGUCAUUAAAACUGACUGAACAGUUUUCUUUUGACAUUUUACGACAAAACUAUUCCUCUAUAGUUUCAUAGUUUUCAAUUCACCUCCAAAUAGUGCAACAACCUGACCCGACAGCAUGUGACGGGUAUUUUGGGCGCAGGCUCCAUACUCUCUGUACAGUAUGGAUGGAUGUCUUAUAGAAAGGGAGGCAGCUCCACCUUGACAGAGUCUCCAAGGUCCUCCCCUCCCCUCCUCCCCCUUCCAUGUGUUGUCUCCACUCCCUUACAUCAAAGAGCAGCUGCAGGAUCUCCACAGCAUCGGUUAGCAUGAAAAUGUCUGGUUCCCCUGGUGACGGCUGUGCGAUGCUCAUGUGAAAGUCACCCUGUGGUUCUGUGUGCGUUCACGGCUGCAGGAUUUACCUCCGUUAAAGCCGCAGUGCAUGUCUGCAGCCGUCUGGACAAACUGUUCUGUCCACCUCAUUUCUGAAUGUAAAUAAAGCAUGAGAUAUUACGGCCUGCGUUCAUUUAUAUUAUGGUUAAAGUAUUAAAUGAAGGGUUAAUAUAUAAAAUAGGUCAACAUUUUUUUCCUGUCCUUGAGCUCAUGGUCAUUUUUGUUGUUUUUGUUUUGAUUUCUCUCAAUGUGAACGAAGGAAGUGGAUAUAUUUAACGCUGUCGUAUGCUGUUGUUGUUUUAGAGAAUCGAGCCAGCUCAAACGAAUCUUUUUACACGUAGAGGUCUGAUCUGAUCCGUCUCAGUGUUUUUUAGACUGGUGCAGGUUCAGUGAGGCAAUGUUCAUUUUAUGCUACACGCACAGUGAGCUACAUGUGUCACUGCCUUGUUUAAAACUCACCAAGGAAAUGUUGUUUGUGAGCCGCUCACUUUGAGAGGCAGAAGAUGAAAAUAAAAGUGUUUUUGAAGGUUA